GUAGUCGUGAAUCUGCUUUUGUACAUGCCAUCUCCUCCGCUGGAGUUGUUUUUGCCAUCACCAGGGCAUGUAGCCAAGGCGAGUUGAAAUCCUGCUCCUGCGAUCCCAAGAAGAAAGGCUCUGCCAGGGACAGCAAGGGCCAUUUUGACUGGGGUGGCUGCAGUGAUAACGUCGACUACGGCGUUAAAUUUGCCAGAGCCUUUGUGGAUGCCAAAGAACGGAAAGGAAAAGAUGCCAGAGCACUGAUGAACCUUCACAACAACAGAGCUGGAAGGAAGGCCGUGAAGCGUUUUUUGCAACAGGAGUGCAAAUGUCAUGGUGUGAGUGGAUCGUGCACUCUAAGGACCUGUUGGCUGGCCAUGGCAGACUUUAGGAAAACAGGAGAUUAUCUGUGGAAGAAAUACAAUGGAGCCAUUCAGGUGGUCAUGAAUCAAGAUGGCACGGGUUUCACUGUGGCUAAUAAGAGAUUUAAGAAGCCAACUAAGAAUGACCUGGUAUACUUUGAAAGCUCUCCAGACUACUGUAUCAGGGACAGGGAUGUAGGGUCCCUGGGGACAGCCGGCCGGGUUUGUAACCAGACCUCCCGCGGCAUGGACAGCUGUGAAGUGAUGUGCUGCGGGAGAGGCUACGACACCUCCCGCGUCAGCAGAAUGACAAAAUGCGAGUGCAAAUUCCACUGGUGUUGUGCCGUGCGCUGCCAGGACUGCCUAGAAGUGGUAGACAUUCACACUUGCAAAGCGCCCAAGAGCGCUGCCUGGAUCUCCCGGACAUGAUGCACCGGCUACUGAUGCUUGAGGACCACAGCCUUUGCCCUUCCUGCUCCGUGCAG